AUGGACUGGCGGUGGCUGCACAUUCUACUGCUGUCGGCAAUCAUUUCAAAUGCACCGGCAGAACCGUAUUACACGAUUAUCGCGCCAAAAGUGAUACGUCCUGAUUCAGAAUAUCAUGUAGCGGCAAGUAUCACCGGCGUAUCGACGCCGUCAACGAUAUACGUUGAAUUGACUGGAACACUCGAUUCGGGAAGGAUAUUUAACAUUUCUCGGACCGCAAUCGUCGAGCCUUAUUCCACUAAGAUUUUACAAUUAGACAUUGGGGAAACCACACCAGGGAAAUACACACUCGCUGCACGCGGCUUGUCGGGUAUCAAUUUCUCUAAAUCGAAAGAGAUCGAGUACGUUCAUAAAAGCUAUUCCGUUUUCAUCCAGACCGAUCGGGCAAUUUACAAGCCCGGUCACAAAGUCAUGUUUCGAUGUUUAAUAUUGGACUCGAGAUUAAGACCGAGUAUCGUGGGACCAGCGGAAGUAUACAUGGUUGAUGGUGAUGGUAAUCGUGUGAAACAAUGGACUCGGCCGUCAAUUACCCACGGAAUCUUUAUCAGUGAGUUAGAGCUAUCGCAGUCACCGGUACUAGGUAUUUGGAAGAUUAUUGCCAACGUGGGUGAUCAGACAUUUGAAAAGGAAUUUGAAGUCGCGGAAUAUGUUCUGCCGAAUUUCGAGGUGACAAUCGAUUCGCCGAAACAUGUACAGUUCAAAGAGUCAAAAGUUGCGGCAACUGUUCAUGCAAGAUACACCUAUGGGAAACCAGUAAAAGGAGAAGCUACGAUAACAGCGUACCCAGACAUUUUCUCUGGCGUUAUCCAACCGAUAUUCCAACAACCAGUGAGAAAAGUGGUACCAAUUGACGGGAAAGUUACAGUCGAUUUCGAUAUUCUGACCGAAUUGAGACUAACGGAUGAAUAUGAAAGACCCAUCAUGAUCGACGCAGUCGUGGAGGAAGAAUUAACUACCAGGAGACAAAAUACCUCGGUACAAGUAACGCUUCACAAACACAAAUACACAAUGGAACUGAUAAAGUCAUCCGAAUACUUCAAACCGGGACUAAAAUACACUGCCUUUAUCAAAAUGACGUAUCACGAUGGAUCGCCAGUACAGGACACGAAAAAUCCUGUGCUGAUAGCAUAUGGAUACACGUACAAUCAAUCUGCGUAUUCAAAUAUCACGCGUAUGUUAGAUAAAAAUGGCAUGGUGCAAUUGGAUUUUUAUCCGCCUAGAGCAAAGGACAACAUAUCUUUCCCUCUGAAUAUAGAGGCACAAUACUUGAAUCUGCACGAAUGGUUUCCCGCGACUAAUCAAGCUACAUCCGUGAGCAACGAAUACAUCCAAAUAACGCUGAAAACGGAAAGUCCAAAGGUAAACGACUACGUCGAGAUCGAAGUGAAUUCUACCGCGCCAUUGAAGUAUAUAAGUUACGAGGUGCUUGGUCGCGGUGAUAUUUUAGACGCAGGAUCAAUCUACGUGCCAGACAAGCACACGACGUCCUUCAAAUUUUUAGCGACGUACGUCAUGGCCCCCACUGCGCACGUGAUCGUGUAUUACGUACGCGCGGAUGGGGAAGUGAUAGCCGAUUCUUUGGACGUCGAACUCGCGGGAGUACUUCAAAACUUUGUCAACAUUACUGCAACGCCUGGUGAAGUUGCACCUGGUGAAAGUGUUAAUCUCGCGAUAUCCGCGAGACCGAACUCUUUCGUCGCACUGUUAGGUGUCGAUCAGAGAUCCAUCCUGCUAAAAUCUGGGAAUGAUAUCUCUUACGUACGUAAUAUGCUGAAAAUAUUCCGACCGUUUGACGAAAUGAUUACGAGAAAUUAUCAUCGUUAUCGAAACGUUCAGAUGCCGCCCGGAUAA